CUUAGAUUAAUGGGGAUUAUCAGCCAGUAUUGAAGCUAGUUUUGUCAGUCCGGCCUCCUUGCUUCCAAACAUGGGCGUAAUAGUAUAUUCCUCACGAUGACGUAGCCGGUUCAGAGGUCAUCACAAGAUGUGGGCCGUCUGCUAAUAGGCCAGCAGCAUCAGCAACCAACCAACAUUCCUGCUAUUUACGUGAAGAGAUCAGAUAUCACUUCAGCAGUCUCUAGCACUAACUGUUCUCGGCCAUUGUGGAUACAGCGAUAGGCAGUGGUAGUACGGAUCUCCUCCCAAAUUGUUUCUAAGUUCUCCGGUGGAAGUAGCAGAAAACUAACAAAAUGGAUGCCAUUAAAAAGAAAAUGCAGGCUAUGAAGUCUGAGAAGGAGAAUGCUUUGGACAAAGCAGAUCAGCUAGACCAACAGUUGAAAGAUUUCGAACAGAAAUCAAGCAAGCAAGAAGAGGAGCUCGCUAACUUACAGAAGAGAGUAACAUUAUUAGAAAAUGAACUGGACCAAGCUCAAGAACAGUUAGCUGAAGCCAACAACCAACUAGAAACCAAAGAAAAAAGACUCACAGAUGCUGAAACUGAGGUAGCUGGUCUCACUAGGAGAAUCCGUCUGCUUGAAGAUGACUUAGGAGAUACUGAAACCAGACUCCAAUCCACCACAGAAAAAUUGGAAGAAGCAUCCAAAGCUGCAGAUGAGAGCGAGAGAAUGAGCAAGGUGUUAACCAACAAGGCCUUAGAAGAUGAGACCAGAAUCGGCCAGUUGGAGAGAGAUCUUGAUAGCUUCACAACUAUUGCUGAAGAUGCUGAUCGGAAAUACGAUGAGGCUGCCCGUAAACUGGCUAUCACAGAAGUUGACUUGGAGAGAGCUGAGGCCAGACUUGAAUCUGCUGAGGCUAAGAUCCUUGAACUAGAAGAAGAAUUGAAGGUUGUUGGUAAUAACAUGAAAUCCCUGGAAAUUUCUGAACAAGAGGCUUCACAGAGAGAGGACAGUUAUGAAGAAACUAUCAGAGAUCUUACAGCCAGACUUAAAGAUGCUGAACAUAGGUGCGAGUUACUUACCAGGGAGGUUAAUGUAAAACAAAAGGAACUUGACCAAGCAGA